UGCUGAUGUCUAAUGUAAAUGACCCAAUAAAUGCAUUGUAUUCAAUAUCUAGUAUCACCAGACUCAGAAUUAUAACUGGAAUCAAUGCCUUUACAUGCAAACUGCUUAUUUGUCCUAAGGUUGACUUGAAGUCUACAAAGCUUGAAGUACACUUGUUUAUGAAAUGUAUGGAAUGGGCAAAGGGAAAAUUUGGAAUAGCUUUGUCAGAAGUUUGUACUGAUGGCCAUGUAACUAUUGCAUCUCUCAUGGCAAAGCAUCCUCUACUCGAUGGAAUUUUUCACUCAAAAGAUAUCUGGCAUAAGACCAGCAAAAAAACUUCGAAGCCAAAUGAGAUUGCAAAGAAACGUGCACACAGCAAACUCCAGCCAUGGAUUCCAUCCAUACGAAAUCAUUUUUGGUACUGCUGUAGUCAUGCUGAAGGGAAUAACCUUAAGCUAAGACUUCUCUGGAAGAGACUUCUCAACCAUGUUUCCAAUGACCAUCAGUUUUGUGAACAUGAAGAAAUGCAAGAGCCAUGUGGCAAUAAAGAAUGGCUAGAGCCUGGUGGUGCAACGAUGAAACUGCUUUGUGAGCAAGUUAAUGACCCCAAGUUGUUGAAGUCCCUGGACUAUUAUGUCCGGAAUCGACACACUGGCAUGCUAGAGGUAUUCCACAACGUUAUCUUGGAAUAUUGUAGCAAAAGAAUUGGCUAAAAAACGAUGCUUUUGUAACAAGGACACAGUUAGCCUACCUUGACUACAAUAGUCAUUUUAACAGGCCCCAGCUUGAAAGAAAGGAUGGGACUUUGGCAUUUGGUAGGAGAUUUGGCAAGAGAACAAAAAUGUGGUAUGCCACUCCAGUUCCAGUUGCAAAAUCAUACAGCUAUGUACCAGAUUUAAUAGCAAAGUCUCUGUGGCGCCGCCAUAUGGAUACAAGUGCUGUUUCAGAAGCAAAAGUUUCCAGAACAGCAACAGCAGCCCUCCCCCCAAAUAUAGCUUCUGUUCCUGCGCCACCAACUGCUGAACUAGUAAAGGCACAUGUGAAGCGACUGAGCAUGCAGCAAGGAGAAAUAUAACUAGCACAUCAUUCUAAAGUGCAGGGUCAGACAUUAUCAAAUGUUAUAUUGUCGCUAGCUACAAAAAACACUCCUGAGGGGACGGCAUAUGUUGCUUAUUCAAGACUGCACUGUUUAAAUGACCUGCAUUUGCUUGUCCCAUUGACACCUACACAUUUCACUUAAGUUGCACUUCAAGGACCAUUGCUUUUUAACUAAUAUUUUGUUUCUCACUUAUAUUAUGGCUAGAUAUAUUAUAGCUAUAUUAAGGCAAAGGUUAUAUUAUGGCUAGAUACAGAACGCACUCCUGUGGGUGCACUCUUUGAAUGACCUGCAUUUUCUUGUGCCAUUAACACCUACACAUUUCACUCCAGUUCCUUUUUUAUGACCAUUGUUUUUCACUUAAUACUUCGUUUCUUAUUUUCAGAUGGCAUACUAACGGAAGAAAAUAAUGAAAGGUGUUGGUUACUUCCACCAUUACCCGAAUGACUUCUUAAAGCCUUACGGACGGGCAGAGCCCUACCCUACUGAUACUGUGGCACUUUCUUGCUUAGGGCCAGAAGGCUGUGAGUGGCUUCGUCGGCCUCAUGUUGCCAUAUCAGAACUUGCUUCAACAAUAAAUGACAACCUGCCGGUUUUGGAUGCAGAUCUUGCACUGCUGGAUGACAGGAAGCUUUCCUUGUUCAAACAAAACAUAGAAAAAUUGGUCAUACUGCUAAAGCAGUUCCACAAGGAUUCUUCAGUGAUUCCAACUGAUGUGGCCCGAAGAGAUCUUCUACUCAAAAUUUUAAAAUCUUUCAGCAGAGCUGUCGUCUCAACUGAGCUCCUGUGUGGAAGUUGGUGUUGCCCUGUUUUCCAUUGGAAUAAAUUUUAAAGUUGCACAGACCCUCAUUAGUAACCAUGAAGAGUACGUUGAUUUAAUUUCAUUUGCCCCAAACCCUGAACCUCCUUUCAAAUCUUUCAAAUCCAAAAACUUAUAAGACCUUCUAUCGUUACUUUCAAACCCAAAAUCCAGAUAAGCACUACCCUCAACCAACCUUUCUUCCCUGAUAUCAAUUUUACAGUCUCCAGAAAACCCACCCUCUACAGUUCCUUCUUCAACAACAUCUUCAUUGACCACCCUUCUAACAAAUACAUCGCCACCAUCUUCAACACCCCAAGUAACAACAACACAGCCAUUGCAACCAGCUCCCAAACAGUUCCCUCUCCCUGCUGAAAUGUUUCAACUCUUUGCACAACAUUUUCCAAACCUCCUACAAAACCAAACAGCACCUGUUCCUGCUGCUGACUCAGUUGCUCCAAGAGCAGUGCCAGAAGCAGCAGAUACAAUGCAAUCGAAGAAAAAGAAGAGAAAGUCCAAAAAGUUGGACAGCGACAAUGAAGAACAGCCAAAAACAAAAGUGGCAAAUCCGAAAAAAGACCGAAAAAAGACCGAAAAAAGAUUGACUGGAAAAAGAAAAACAUUCUGCAGUUGAAAUAAAUAUUUGUAAGCAACUGCAGGUGAAUGACACGUUUAUAUUGUGAGAAUAAUUGUUUGUUUCUUCAAUGACACUAUCUUCAUUUUGUGAAAUCUAGUGAUUUUGAUAAAAACAUGGCUAUUGAGGCAGUGAUCAUUCACACAUUCCAUGAGUUUUUAACGUGAACUGGAUACAUAACAAGGUAUAUUUUGUUACCUAGGUAUGUAACAUACUGAACUGCCUUUUUCCAAUAUUACUAUAGAUAUAGAAGUAACUUUUUUGACCAAAAUUUAUUUUCAACCAAAGUUAAUGCAAUGCAUUGACAUUGUUGAGAGAUGAAUCCAUGUGAAAGAUUUUCAGGGUCCAGGUCAGGGUUGUGCUGUAUCGGCGUGUCAAAGUUUUUGUUGUAAGGCUUAAGUAUGGAAACAAAAUUUAGAAAUGUUAUUGUUACAAUGUCAAAACACAUAGCCUUUUGAUAUUUGGUGCAAAGUUGCAUCUUGAUAGUUGUAAGGUUGUGUCAGAUUUUCGUGUCAUUGUCCUGAAGGAUGUUUGGUCUAUAGACCUUACAUUGCUAUAAGGCUUCAGUACUGGAAAAUUUUCUUUCCACCCCUACUCUAGAAAUAUGACUUAUAUCACAUAAUCGUCACCUGGUGUAAUACUCCUCGAUAGUUGGCUACUAACUUUAUUGGUUUCAUGUCAUCACUUUCAAGGAUGUGUGAGAUACAGGCCUGUGAAUCCUAUAGAGCUUAAGUACUAAGAAUGACAAAGACAUAUGACGUCAUAAGUCCAAGCCCAAAGGUCCGAUUUAAAUUUGGUUUUCUGCAUUAUUCGUUUCUUCUCUAUAUCUUCAUGUGUAUUAAUUUUCAAUUCAAUAUCUUCUAUAGUUUUUGAUUUACAAUUUUCGUGACUCAGGUCAGCCAUUAUGAUUUUUGGUCAGCCAUCAUGGAAAUUGAGGAGUGGCAAUUGUUUUUUGCCUCUACCUCUCUCAAUAUUUUUCAAACAAUAACAUAUGUAUAUAUCAUUAGAAACAGCGCAUUUUUUUCUAUCGAAUGGUAUCAAAUACUUUAUUUUUUAACCACGUUUUGAAAAGUUAUUAUACCUGUUUCGUCCUAGUACUAUAUUGUUAACAAAAGUCAUUGGCACACAGAUUUCUUUCUCAUUUCACGUACUCGCAGCUAGCAGACGGUUUACUUUUCGCUUCAGCUCACGACGCCUUACACAGCUUUUGAUAUCUUUUUCUCGAAAGAAAAUCAUUUUCAAAUCAUUAAACUUGACAGUUUUUGUAAGAAGCUUGCAUUACAAACUGUAAGUACCAACCUUUCUUUUCCUUAUCAUGCCUAUACCUUGGAAUUUAGAUGUAGCACGGUCUUACUGGAAUGGAAGGAAAUUCUAUGUUCUUGACCAAGGUCCCAAUGCAACUACAAGAAUGGCAAAUUUCAUUCAGUCCAGGGAACGUCACAAACAAGAACCGGACGCUCAAAUGGCAACAAUUUGUUCCCAACAAGUUUAAAGAACAUAUUUCUGAAAAAAGUAAUGUUGUCUCGUCUUUGUUGGGCUGGUGUCAAACACUUUCCUGGAGCAAAUGUGAAAAUUGCAAUAGCAUAAUCACUGAAAAGCUUUUGCCAAAUUUUUCAAAAUUGCAAAAAUGCAAUUCAAAGACACAGUGCCAUUGUUCUUCUGAUAGAUAUAUGGUACCAAUUUUCGAAAAUUUGCCAAAAUAGCUAUCAUCCCUAAAAAAGAACGUAUUUUGGCACUAAGACCUUUUGAUGUAGAUUCUCGAAAAUAUGAGAGGAUGAAAUAUGGCUAUCAAAAGAAAAAAGGCAUUAUUCGAUUAACUUGCUCCCAGCAAUCUGUUCAGGAAAAAAUAGAAAACCUUUCCUCACAGGAAGACCGUGCUAUUUGUACAGCCGCUUUUCAGUUCUUAAUAUCGAACUCUUUAUCUU